AUGCCCAGCACAGCUCCAAGCACUGACCUCCGACCAGAUUCCUGGGGAGCCUGCAAAGAAGGGGCACAUUUCUUGCCACAAAGCAAACACAGAGCAGCCACCUGCUCCGCUGACCUAGAGGAACCCCAGCAGAGGCACAAAGCGAGACCCCUGCGCUCCAAGGCGCGGCGCAUGGCUGCCAAUGUGCGUGAGCGCAAAAGAAUCCUGGAUUACAACCAAGCCUUCAACGCGCUGCGGCUGGCCCUCAAGCACGACCCCGGGGCCAGGCGGCUCUCCAAGAUUGCCACCUUGCGCAGGGCCAUCCACCGCAUUGCCUGCCUCUCCCGGUCUCUGCGCGCUGACUCUGCAUCGGGAUGGUCCUGCGGCCACGCGGAGUGCCACAGGCGUGGCGCUGAGGGGACUCUCCAGGACCACCGUCCCAGCUUCUUCAUCCAGACUCCACAGGAGAUUGGCCACGCUGCCGUGGUCCCGUUUCCACCCGGCAUGGCAUCUCGAGCGUGCGGCAAAGGCCCUCCGGAUGUUUCCUCCCAUGCUUUUUAUGGGAAUCGUGGCCAGGAGGCUCAUCGGCCCAGCCCGGCCCGCUAUCCCUCUGGCAGGCUUCCUUGGCCAAACGAGCGGUGCCAGCAAAGCUGUGGGGAUAGCGCUCCCCAUUGCUGCAGGCCUGGCCCCAGGAAGAGCGGCUUUUCUUAA